UGACGGUGAAAAUAUCGGCUUAAGCGAAGCCGCCGAAGGAAUCAAUUCGAAAGAUGCGUGAAAAGAUCGAAAGGAAAUCGAAACGAAGAUAUUGGAGUUAAAAAAGGUAAAAGAGCGAAGAAAACAGCGACUACAAAGGUGCGACACGUCUUGGAAAAAUUGUGUGCUGUACAGAGCGAGGAGAACGUUGGAGAAAUCGAGAAGAAUAUCGAGGUACUUUGGGAACUUUUAAGGCCAAUUUACACUUGCAAUUUUUGCUGCGAUUUCUACGGCGAUUUUUUCUGCUGACGUGAUGGCGACAUGAAAUCGCCAAUGUAAACACCCUGUGAUUUAACUGCAAGUCCAGUGCAACUUCACUGCGACAAGUUGCAAAUAUUUCGAUCGUGAUCGAAAUUUAUCGCAACUCGCUGCGAUUUUAUAAAAAGAUGUGAACAAAAUACGACUGUGCUGCCCUCAACGGCAGGCAUUUUCACCUUCAAUAAAGGCUUUAUCAAAGCCAAGCAACAUAAACUUAUAAAAAUUUAUAAUUCUUCAGGUAAAUCUACUAUAAAUGUCAUAAAUGCAGUUAAAAAAGGCAUUAAUAAUUCACGAGGAGAAAACAAAAGAAAUGAAUGUUUAAUCAAUGUUUGUAAAUCGGAUAAAGAUUUCUCCUGAUUUACAUAAACUUCAGCUUUGAUUUUCUCGGCUUAGACAAUGUUUAUUUUUAAAAUGACUUCGCCAAUGAACUCAUAAGAUGGGUAAUUUUUUAAGUCGCAUCCGAUCUGUAUCUGAUAUACAAAUUUUUUAAGUCUUUUUAAGUCGCAUCCGAUCAAGGGAGCACGCCAGAAAUAUAAGGGAGCACGCCAGAAAUAUUUGUGUAAAUUUAUACUAACCUUUUAAUUACAUGUAAAUGUUUUCAAUUUUCAUCGGGCGCCAUUUUGAAUGUUGAAAGCGGUAUAUAUUAUUAGCUUAUCGCAGGCGCAAUAAUUUAUGUUCAUCUUUGACAUUAAUUUAUGUUACACGAUGAUACUCCGAAGGGCGACCGAGAAAGAUCCGAAAUUUAAAAUAAGGCGGAGAAAUAAUAAAAAAUAAAGAGGGGAGUGAAACGGCCGAACUAUUAUCCACUGAUGCUGGUUGACUGUUACUAGGAACAUUUGAUGUUGCUAGGAACAAACCGGAAACAAAAUGAGACCUACUAUUACGGGAACCACUGAGUAUUUUAAUAUAAUAUACUGUAGAACAACAAAUAUAAUAUAAUAUACUGUAGAAAAUAAUUUUUUUUUAUUAUUUUCGGAUUUACCGUUGAUUUAUAUUUGAUCUACUAUAAUUAGUUCAAGCGAGUCACAUUAGAAUAUAUUAUUAAAAUUGGGGACAAUGGCGAGAGUUUGUAUAUCAGAUAAACAUCGGCUGCUCGUGUUUUAACGUGCUUAAAAGACGACCCAUCAUAUGAGUUCAUUGGCGAAGUAAUUUUAAAAAUAAACAUUGUCUAAGCCGAGAAAAUCGAAGCUGAAGUUUAUGUAAAUGAGGACAAUUUACAAAUCUAUUAUCCGACGAUUUACAUACAUUGAUUAAACAUUCAUUUCUUUUGAAUUUCCUUCAUGAAUUAUUAAUACUGUAUUUUGUGUCCAGCAUUCGCAAAUGUUUUUGUUUCUCUGCUGUCGAAAAUUCACUGCUGGCGAGCAACGAUGCAAAUCAAUACAAGUUUUGAUAUAUUUCAGAUUCGACAGUUCUUGGUCAACGAGCAUGGCCAGAUAACGAAAUUGGAUAUACGCAUUGUCAUUGGCCAAUACCCCAUCACGUGUUCGGCCGUUUCACUCCCCUCUUUAUUUUUUAUUAUUUCUCCGCCUUAUUUUAAAUUUCGGAUCUUUCUCGGUCGCCCUUCGGAGUAUCAUCGUGUAACAUAAAUUAAUGUCAAAGAUGAACAUAAAUUAUUGCGCCUGCGAUAAGCUAAUAAUAUAUACCGCUUUCAACAUUCAAAAUGGCGCCCGAUGAAAAUUGAAAACAUUUACAUGUAAUUAAAAGGUUAGUAUAAAUUUAUACAAAUAUUUCUGGCGUGCUCCCUUGAUCCGAUCUGUAUCUGAUAUACAAACUCUCGCCUUCGGCUCGAGUUUGUAUAUCAGAUACAGAUCGGCUGCUCAUGUUUUAUCUAGUACUUAACUAUCAAUAACAUAUGUGAAUAGGGAAAUUACCUGCAGUUUUCGAUAUGGUAUCAAGAGAAAAUAGCGCAAUAACAACAUAAAAACCAAGAUAAAAACGAAUUACAACGAAGUACUGCAAUACUACAAACAUUUACCGCGUUCACUUUGCCAGUUGUCUUUGUAACUUUAGGACAAAAACUGGUGUUUCUAUUCGUUAAACACAGUUCUUAUAAUCAUGCUUUAUUCACUCUAAAGGUUUAGUUUUUAGUUUCAGACUCAUUUUGCAUGACAUAACUCAUUAUACGCUGUAUUUUUAUAAAAUAAAUUUAAAUAGGCGACGAAUAGUCGGGAAUUUUUUUUUACAGCCAAUCACUUGUAAGAAAACUGCCGUAAACAACCCAAUUAGAACAAAAUCUUUGAAUUGCUUGUAAACUUAAGUAUUGAAAAUUUAGCUCCGUUUACAAGCCAGUAAAAUGGAAAAAUCGCUGCAAAUUGCAGUGUUGUCGCCCCAAAGUUGCAGUCAAAAUCGCAGGGUAUUUACAUGGGAGAUUUCAAAAAAUCGUCGUAGAAAUCGCAGUGAAAAUUGCAAGUGUAAACAGGCCUUUAGAGGUAACGUUGAGGAUUAUUGACGAACUUUGUUUUCUGGGCAUUGUUUAUAAGUCUAGUUGAUAAAAAUGGGGGAUGCAUUACAGGGGAUGCAUUACAGGCUAUUCAGGGGCUUGGUGUUUCAAAACCAGAAUACGAAGAAGCGAAGGAAAUUUUAAAAUCAAAAUAUGGUGGUCAACGAAGGCAGCUUGCAGGCCUAUAUGGACCAGCUCGAAGCUAUGGCUCCUUUACGAAAUAGUGACAUAAAAGAUUUCGAGAGGUUUUCAGAUCUUGUUCGUGCUUCGGUUGUUAAUUGGAGACAGACGAUUGUGAUGCAGAACUAGGGGAGGGCACUUUACAUAGCUUGUUAGUUAUAAAGUUAACAGAUAGGCAAGUGGAAAGUUACAGUCGGUGGUCGGGAGAAAAAGAGCGUGAGCGGUCAGUAUUGAAUCAUAGGGAUUGGUUGAAGGAAGAGGUGCGAAUUAGGGUGGAAGCGGUUGAAAUGGUACAUGGGGUUGUGGAUAAGGAUGAUGGCAAAAGGGCCGAGGGCAGUGGGGGCAGAGGUAGGCUUGGUGAAAGGGGCUAUGGUCAAUCAUAUUUUAGUGGUGGUACUGGCAGCAGGGUGGGUGAUAAGCCACCUUGUGCAUCGUGUGCAGGAAACCAUGGGGUGUGGUCGUGUAAAAAGUUUCAGGGAUUGAAUACAGAAGCACGAUGGAAUGUUGCGAAGGAAAAGCACCUUUGUUUUAGGUGCUUGGGAAAUGACCACCAAGGGAGACUGUGCCCAAGAUCGAAGGUGUGUAACAUCGAUGGUUGUAAGAGGAAUCAUCAUAACCUCUUGCAUGACACGUCACUAGUGAAACAGUCGGACAGUCAGACCGGUAUGGAUACACGGGAGGGGGCUGUCCACACAUCCGUAAAUAAAGAACAAAAGAGCGAAGCAUUUUCAUUGCGAACAAUACCCGUGUGGUUAAAGGUGAACAAGCGUAAGAUUAAAGUUAAUGCAAUAUUGGAUGAUGCUUCAAAUGAAACGUUUUUAAAUAAGGAAGUUGCUUUUCGCGGGAUUUAUUGAAGAGUGACAGUGGAGAUGUUUGUUGUGACGUCGAUCAGAGUAUAAAACGAUUCUGGGAAAUAGAAACUUGCGGCACUGAAGUUGAUCAGCCUAGAAUUUAUACAGAGGAAGAGAACGCAGCGUUGACACAAGUUAAGGAAUCAUUAAGCUAUAAUGCCAACACUCACCGGUGUACAGUUGGAGUACCAUGGAAAGCUAAUCGUCCAAAGUUACCUGAUAAUCGUAAAAAUGCAAUGUCUCGUUUGUGCAACACCAAGCGAAAGCUAGAAAAGGAUAAAUUCAUACAAGGCGAAUAUAUGAUAUAAUACCAAUAUAUGAAACGAGUUACUGAAGAAGAGUCACCAUCACCAGAGGUAUGGUACCUGCCACAUUUUCCGGUGGUACGCAUGGAUAAAACGUCGACCAAAGUCAGAAUUGUGUUCGAUUGUUCAGCAAAGACGGAUGGGAUUUCCCUAAAUGACGUCAUAUAUGCGGGACCAAAAUUACAGCAGGAGCUGUUUGACGUGUUGAUUCGUUUCCGUCGAAAUCCAGUCGCGUUU